AGAUCUUCGUUAUGACGAGUCGUGUACAAUUUGCUUUCCCUCACCCAAAACCUCGCGGUUGCCACUCGCCAUGCGCGCCUCCUCCGCCGCCUCCCGAGAUGCCGCCGCUGCCCACUAAGCCCGCGCUGAACCCUCCCCUCCUCCUCUUGCCGCUCGCCCUCCCGUCCACGCCCCACAGCUGCCCACCGGAGAAGCGGGCCCGCUGUCUCAGCUCGGCCGCUCCGCGCGCCGCCGUCUCCGCGGCGGCCACCUCCUCGUCCGAACCGAGCGCGGCGCUGCGGGACCUCUGCUCCCAUGGCCAGCUCGCGCAGGCGCUCUGGCUCCUCGAGUCCUCCGCGGAACCGCCCGAGGAGGACGCGUACGUCGCGCUGUUCCGCCUCUGCGAGUGUCGCCGCGCGGUGGAAUCCGGGCUGCGCGCGUGCGCGCACGCGCACGCGGACGAACACCAUGCGUGGUUCAGCCUCCGCCUCGGGAACGCCAUGCUCAGCAUGCUCGUGAGGUUCGGGGAGAUGUGGCACGCGUGGAGGGUAUUCGCCAAAAUGCCCGAGCGGGACGUCUUCUCCUGGAACGUCAUGGUUGGCGGGUAUGGGAAGGCCGGCUUCCUGGAGGAGGCGCUGGAUUUGUACUACAGGAUGAUGUGGGCAGGUGUGAGGCCUGAUGUCUACACGUUCCCCUGCGUGCUGCGGAGUUGCGGGGGAGUACCUGACUGGAGAAUGGGCAGGGAGGUGCAUGCACAUGUUCUUCGGUUUGGGUUUGGAGACGAGGUUGAUGUCCUGAAUGCGCUCAUGACCAUGUAUGCCAAAUGCGGGGAUGUUGUGGCUGCUCGGAAGGUGUUUGACAGUAUGGCCGUGAUGGACUGUAUCUCAUGGAAUGCGAUGAUUGCUGGGCAUUUUGAGAAUGAUGAGUGCAGCGCCGGGUUGGAGUUGUUUUUUACCAUGCUGGAGGGUGAGGUGCAGCCUAACCUUUUGACGAUAACCAGUGUGACUGCUGCAUCAGGGUUGUUGUCUGACAUAGCUUUUGCAAAGGAAAUGCAUGGGCUUGCAGUAAAGAGGGGUUUUGCCACUGACGUUGCAUUCUGCAACUCUUUGAUUCAAAUGUAUGCCAGUCUCGGAAUGAUGGGGCAGGCUAGAACAGUAUUCUCAAGAAUGGAUACUAAAGAUGCCAUGUCAUGGACAGCCAUGAUAUCUGGGUAUGAGAAAAAUGGCUUCCCAGAUAAAGCUCUUGAAGUGUAUGCACUGAUGGAAGUGAACAAUGUAAGUCCUGAUGAUAUUACUGUAGCUAGUGCCCUUGCUGCUUGUGCUUGUAUGGGGCUUUUGGAUGUUGGCAUCAAGUUGCAUGAGCUUGCUGAGAGCAAGGGAUUCAUAGGGUGCAUCGUAGUUGCGAAUGCACUCCUUCAAAUGUAUGCAAAGUCCAAGCACAUUGAUAAGGCUAUCGAAGUUUUUAAGUGCAUGCCUGAGAAGGAUGUAGUGUCAUGGAGUUCAAUGAUCGCAGGAUUUUGCUUCAACCAUAGGAACUUUGAGGCUCUUUACUAUUUCCGGCAUAUGAUGGCAGAUAUAAAACCCAAUUCUGUCACUUUCAUCGCUGCUCUUGCUGCUUGUUCUGCUACUGGGGCUUUGAGGAGUGGUAAGGAGAUCCAUGCACAUGUUUUAAGGUGUGGUAUUGGAUCUGAAGGUUAUUUACCCAAUGCCCUUAUAGACUUGUAUGUGAAAUGUGGCCAGACAGGCUAUGCCUGGGCCCAGUUCUGUGCGCAUGGUGGAAAGGACGUUGUGUCUUGGAAUACCAUGCUUACUGGUUUUGUUGCUCAUGGGCACGUGAAUCCUGCUUUAUCGUUUUUCAAUCAAAUGGUGAAAAUUGGAGAGCAUCCAGAUGAAGUUACAUUUGUUGCACUAUUAUGUGCUUGUAGUAGGGGUGGAAUGGUCAGUGAAGGCUGGGAGCUUUUUCAUAGCAUGACUGAGAAAUACUCGAUUGUUCCAAAUCUCAAGCACUAUGCAUGCAUGGUGGAUCUUUUAAGUCGUGUUGGGAGAAUAACAGAAGCUUACAACUUCAUAAAUGAAAUGCCUAUCACACCAGAUGCUGCUGUUUGGGGAGCUUUGUUAAAUGGAUGCCGGAUACACCGGCAUGUUGAACUUGGGGAGCUUGCAGCAAAAAUUAUCCUUGAGUUAGAGCCAAACGAUGCUGGAUAUCAUGUUCUUUUGUGUGAUCUAUAUGCUGAUACUGGAAGAUGGGAUCAACUGGUUAGAGUGAGGAAGACCAUGCGGGAGAAAGGAUUGGAUCAUGACUUUGGAUGUAGCUGGGUUGAAAUUAAAGGAGUAGUCCAUGCAUUUCUUACAGAUGAUCAAUCACAUCCACAGAUCAUAGAAAUAAAUGCUGUUCUGCAUGGCAUAUAUGAGCGGAUGAAAGCAUCUGGUUGUGCUCCUGUUGAAUCGCAUUCUUCAGAAGAUAAAGAAGUAUCCAAGGACGACAUCCUUUGUGGUCACAGUGAAAGACUAGCUGUUGCUUUUGGUUUGAUCAAUACCACACCUGGCACCUCCAUUUCCAUCACAAAGAACCGGUACACAUGCCAGAGCUGUCACAGGAUAUUGAACAUGAUAUCUAACAUUGUUCGAAGAGAGAUAACUGUUAGGGACAGUAAUCAAUUUCACCAUUUUAAGGAUGGAAGUUGUUCAUGUGGAGCUGAAGUUUAUGGAUGAGCUUGCGGAGGGUGGCUAGCUAGCUAUAUAACAUGUACCCUUGUGCUAUUAUUCAUUCCUAGUGCCGCAAGCACUAGUUCAUAGUCACUCAGUAGCAAAUAGCAGGACAACUUGGAUACAGCUACAUGCACAGCAGCAGCAACACUCCUUGGAUCAACAGAGCUUAUAUUAUGAGUUACAUGUAGCAGUUUUGUGCAGAUACUCAACUUGUUACAUGGCAAAGAAUGGUGAAAAUUGUACUCAAGUACUGGGACUUAAGUUUCUAGCAUAUCUUCACUUCAUAGAAAUCUCCUGAAGUAGUGAUUCUUGCCUUCUUGGAGCUGAUUUUUGCUCCCAACAACUCGCCAAAAGAAAUAUUAAGUGGUUUGCGCUAACAUCACAUACCGACUCUGCCCCCUCCUACUCAAGGACUACGAUCAAAAUGCUGGGAUCGAAGAGAACUUCCAAACGAAGCAGUGUUAGAAAGGGAGGUGAGCAAGCAUUUUGCGGUGAGCAUGGCAUGGACCAUUCUGGCUGCAUUGGGCACUGGUCUUGUGCGUCUUCUGUUGGUUUUGCUGGGAUGCUGGGGGAGCCUAUCAAAUGAGAUGCAGGCUGAGUGUCUGAUAGGGCUGGAUCCAAGCUGACUGCCUGAGACUCUUGAUGCCAUCGCGGUGUUGUUGCAGGUCAUGUUGAAAUGGCCGGGCGAUUUUAGACAGCGCGGGUUGGUGACUUGGUGUCAUGAGCCAUGUCGUUCCCAGGGGGUUGCUAGGUGAGGCGAUGCUUUCUGGUCUAGAGCCUAGAGGGCUGAAUUGCAGUGCAGGUACGCACCAGCAGCGAGCACUGGCUUUGUGCAACUGACGCAGCUGGGCUGGACCGCUGGACUACCUGGGUCUGGCUACCCGACGGCGCUUCCGGUUUUAACCUUGCACCCAUGACUCUGGUUCUUCAGGGGAGAAAGGCAACUUUACAAGAGCGUUUGGAGAAGAAGGCGCCUGUUGGAGACAGGUCCUUUUCGAAGGGGUGCAGCGUAUACGAUUUCUGCCUUUUCUAGCUCACAUCCCUAAAUGGAUCGCCGUUACUGCAUGCAGCUUCUACACCGAUGUACUACUAACCGCGAAGAUUUAUACCACCUCGUCAAUUUCUGUGCACUAGCUUCUCCACGACCCCUAGGGGGAAAAAGACAGCGUUGCUAUGUUGCCCGAGCCAUGCAUAUCAUUCCUGUGGCACAGUUGAACUCUUUUAGCAGAGACGCAAAUUGUUUAACUGGAGUACAACUUACAAGGCAAUGAACCCCUGCAACUCGUGUUCUGCAGUAACAAUGGACAAGCCUUCCCCGUGCCAAGUCACACUGUCUGAAGGGACGGAGACGGCAAUUCCAGCUCUUUUGUUCUCGUGCCAACUUCUUAUCAAAGUUUUUGGGAGUUGGAGCACGUGAGUGCUUGGAAUUUGGGGAUGACGUCACAGGCACUUGAUUUUGCAUGAGUACGGGUCCUUCACUUGCACGUUUUUGCAGCUAUACGUUGUUUUCAUCGUCAGUUGUAUCCAUUUGUUUAGUUAGGUAUGCUCCCCAAUCAUCAUCACCUCUGUACAUGGGCUCUCCAACACCGAAAUAAAGGGCAUUGUUUUCUCUUUCCUUUUUCCCCCCUUCAAACGACAUACUGAUAAUUGAGCGUGUUUGUAAAGCUUCGACACGGGACAACCCACUUCCAUUACGUGGUAAUAGAAUCAAGUUUUACA